GCUGGAGGAAGGUUCGUCGGUUGUUGGGCAGGUGGGGUUACCUUGUCAGCUGCUCGCGCAUCCGGUAGAUUUUUUAUUUCAUUUUAUCCUGCCACCUGUCACGUGCUCUUGUGUCUAGACGUAACGAGCUUAUUUCACAGGGCUACUGCGAGCCCGCAGGACUGGCCGAAACAUGCUGCAAGCUGCGUGUGUUUACAAGACUUUACAAGGACAGCUGUGAUUUCGCACAUGAUGUUCCUGAAAACAGGAUCUAAACAUGUGAAUGCUUCGAUAAUUCUGAAAGAUUCGACCGCCGAAGAUGAACGAAAGGCCCAAAGCAUGGAGCGACCUCUAGCAGCAUGAAAAUAAAUACCAGGAAACUACUAUUCGGUGCCGCCGUCGCCUUGCUCGCCUCAUGCUGCGUCGCGGCGACGAGCGGCUCCGAGCCGCCCCCGGCCGUACCGGGAGCCGCGCCGCCCCCGCCGCCGCCCCCGCCUGCCGCCCCCAACGACACGGCGGCGGCCGGCGACCACGACCGACCCGGGUCGGCUCCCACAACAGAGGUCGUCCCGGAAGGCACCACGGAGCCCGCGGAGACCACGACGACGCCGUCGACGCCGACGACGACUGCCUCGCCGUACAGCAUCUACGACGUGCGCCACUACAUGGACGAGGAGUCUCUGGCGCGGGAGGAGGCAACGGCGUCGCGGCGGUCGCCAAGCUACGACGCGGCGGUGCAGUCGCCAAGCUACGACGCCGCGGCGCAGUCGUCCGGCUACGACGCGCGGCUACCCUGGGGUCGGUUCGCGACGGAGCUCACCACGCCCAGCGUGCCGUACUUCGACCGGAAGCACUCGGACAUCGUGGCCGGGAUCGAGCACGGCAUCGAGCAGGCCAUCACGUCGCACCGGCUCCAGGAUACGAAUUCAUCGGAGAGAAAAGAAGAAUCCAGCACGACGCAAAGAGCAGAAACCAGCACAAUGAAGACAAGUUACUUUUUGUCCAGUAAACCAUCUGAUGUACGGCUUGACUUCAGCAACAGGGUGGAGAUUGUAUUCAACGAUACAAAAGGCCCAGCCUCGGUAAGAAGAGAUUUAGUUGUUAUCAAUGGAACGCACAUUGAUUUAGAGAUAAACAGGACUACAGUUUAUCCCAUAGAGGAGGUUUCGACUGUGAGUUACCAUGAACAAACAACAAUGCCGGAAGAAAUCCAUCAGCAAUUUCAUUCCGACAUUAACGAUGAUUUUACUCAUCCUGCAACAACCACAGACAUUCCGGGCACAACUUAUGCCGCUACAAACAUUUUAAGAUCUCGUCUAGAUAAUAGUUUUAGUGCUAAUAGUGUAGAACGUGAAAUAACUACAGUGUCACCUGGUGAAAUCAACAGUACAACAAAUAUUAUAAUUAUUUCUGAAACAAAUAGGUCAGAGUUGACAACCGAAAUAUCAGACGUACAGUCUACCACAGAAGCAUUCUUCAGUGUAAGGGAUAGCGUUGGUAAUGAACCAGUGAAUGUUUCUCGUACAGUCGUUGCAGUGCCGGAAGUAAAUGAAACGGACUCAGCAGAAGACGUUAAUGUUAACAUUAUCAGCACCACGUUUGUGUAUGACCCUAAUGUAACAACCAGCCGAAGACCUCCUUGGGUUCCCCUUAAGGCACAAACAACAGCCAGUGAUUUAUCAGAGGUAAGACCCGUUUCAACUCCGAGAUCAAGUAGAGGACGCAUGAUGUCUUCUAACGCCAGCAGUGCGAAUAGUUUGGACCCUUCCGACACCCAAGGCAGUGGUUCAGAUGUGGAGGUGCUGACAACCGAGUCACCUGAAGAAAACACAGUGUAUCCGUUGAGGAGGAGUACUCCGCCUUCAUUACUUACUGACAGUAAUGUGUUGUCAAACACGCGAAAGAAAAUUUACACCUUCAAGAGCACACACGUUCCAAAAACUACUACUACUACACCUUCAUUUCCCUUGCUCAGCACAUCCCCCACGAGCACAUUGGAUAACGUAAUUACUGUUGAGAGGUCCUCAACUCUGAAAGUUGGUUUGGUGCCGUCAAAUCACUCUGCACUGAAUAAUGAAAGGAAUGACAUCUCAAACAUCUACAGUAUUCCCUUAGCAACUAGCCGAAAUACCAUAAGGUUGACAAGCAAAAGCGUGAACAAUACUGUUGAAGCCGUGUCUGUUUCACCGACAGCAACGCUGUGGGCAUCGACCGACCUGAAAGGUCGCAGCCAUCGUUUCGACCAGCUUCUAAACACUUCUGCUCAACCUCUAGCGGCUGACGACCAAGAAACAAGUUAUGUCAGAGUUCCAACGGUGGAGAAGCCCAAGAACUCAUCCCAAUGGUUAUCAGGUCCUGAAUCCAACAUAACAACUACAAGAACACGCUUUACACCUCUUGGCCCCUCAAGAAUAAGAACUGUUGCAGUGGCAGGCAGAAACUCUUCAGAGUGGCCCCAUUCUUUCAGCAAAAUAUACAUCUUCCCUUCAACAGCAUUCCCUCCAUUUAACAACACAACAUAUCGCUCGAGAACCAGCGUGAAACAAAUCCCUCAGAACCAGACUUCCUUUGCAACUGAAGCUCCAAAUGAUUCCAGCUCCGAAAAUUUCACUGUCUCAAACCGAGACAGUGAUGAAGGAAUUUCUACUACUGAAAUGACAACAACACUACUUCCUAACGUCACGUUUCUCCCAGCGAUGGACACACGAUUCCACAAUUUUUCAACCUUCACACGCCCUUACACAUCACCCAAUAUAACACUGCAUACCAUUCUGUUUCCUACUACGGACACGACCACCACUGAUGGACACACUGAUCCUUCAAACCACACGUUGCCAUCCACGACCGAGCCAUGGCACACCGACUUUACCACCUCCCUUCCCGGAGCAGUAGCUACAGCGGAGCCUGAUGAGACCACGGAAUCCGUCCCGACCACGACGACUCAAGUCCCAGAGACCACUCCCAACCAGGUCCACGUCACGGUAUUCCCUCCACUCGCUGCAGAGUCUGAAGGCACCGUCAGCGCCGAAGGAGGCCUUCACCUCAACGGCAGCAGGCUAGUCUCGGACGGCCUACCGGGAGUUCCAGUGUACAACGGCAGCAUCGCCGGUAACACUCGCCCCAACGACAGCAGGCCAGUCUCGGACGACCCGUUGGGAAUUCCAGUGUACAACGGCACCGCCGUACGCAACGGUAGCAUCGCCGGUAACACUCGCCCCAACGGCAGCAGGCCAGUCUCGGACGUCCCGCCGGGAGUUCCAGUGCACAACGGCAGCCAGACUCCUCUGGAGGAGCCCCCGGAGGCCGCCGUACGCAACGGCAGCAUCGCCGAUGACACUCGCCCCAACGGCAGCAAGCCCGCGUUGGACGUGCCGCCGGGAGGGACGUCGCACCACGGCGGCGUCGACAACGCCAUCCACGCCAACGGCAGCGCCCACGAGGAGGACGGGCUCCCGGAGGAGGAGCACAGGGACGCGGGCCACCCGUGGAUGGGGUGGAGCCCCCACGGCCCGCCCCGCGUACAGCCGGCGCACGAGGACCGGCAGCCGCCGCUGGACGACCUGGACUACGGAGGGGGAGGCGUGGCGGGCAACGACCUGGACGCCGCGGCGGGCAACACCACCGCCGAGCCGGGCGUGACCGCGAGGAUACCCACCCCCACCACCACGACGACUUCAGCUCCGCCGGCAACGGACACCACGACAUUAAAUUCUACAGGGGUUAUGAUUCCAUCACAAGAGAAAGUUUCUGCUUACCUGUUACUGCUAACGGAUGCAUCGUGGUAUGAUGUGUGCCAGUUAGGUGAUACUUUCAGAACUGCUGUAGCCUCCUUGUUAACACAAGCAUCCAACAAGGUAGUCCAGUCGAAGCAAGUCAUCCUGCUGAACGUCAGCCCUGCCUUGUGCUCGGAAGUUAUGCACAAAGAAGACGGAUCAGAGAAGCAGCUCAUACCAAUCGAGUUCUACCUGACGGACAGCAGCAACAAGUUUGAUCUUCAGAUGUGCCAAGAGUUCAGGGAUGUUUGGAAGAAUCAUCACCUGGAAUACCCAUAUCCUGUGCGUUCCGUGGAGCUUAUCUCGACCGCAUACAUCGCCCCCAACACCACGGCGAUCGUGAGUGAAGACAACAGUACCGGCGCUAUCGCAGCCAUCGUGAUCUCCUGCGUGGGGAUCGUAUCUUUGGUCCUGCUGGCUGUUCUUGUGUUUGUGCUGAUGCGGAAACGGCAGAAGAGAUUCAACUACGGGCAGCGCUGCACGCCCGUGUCGCUGGACGCGUACAGUUUGGACAGCGUGUCCGUGUGCAACAGCGUGAGGCGCAAGGCAGCUCGGGCGUCGAAGAGGUCCUACGGCAAUCCAGCAUUCGACGAUCCUAACGCGCCGUCGCGUCCCAUCAACUUCGCCGGCCUGGCCAACUUCAGCUCCGACGUGGCGGCCCUGGAGGAGGAGUUCGCCAUGAUCCCCCAGCUCAGCCCCAAGGUGGACGAGAUGCCUCCCGGGGCCGAGGCGAAGAACCGCUACGCCAACGUGAUCCCCUUGCCCGAGACGAGGGUCACCCUCCAGCCCGUCGAGGGGGAGCCCCUGUCCGACUACAUCAACGCCAACUUCGUCAGAGGACCAAAAGGUGUAGAGAAGUUCUACAUUGCCUGCCAGGCACCUCUCCCGACCACCAUAACCGACUUCUGGCGUAUGGUGUGGGAGCAGCAGUGCAAAGUCAUUCUGAUGCUGACAGAUCUCGUCGAGGAUGGAAAGGAGAAAUGUGCUGAUUAUCUGCCUCCGUCUGAAGUGACCGACUGCCAUCGAUUGUUCGGGGACUUCCAAAUCACUCUCAAGAAAAGAGAAGUGAAAGAUAAAUACAUAAUAUCAACACUUCAGAUAAAGAACCUGGAGUCGAACCUGUGGCGGGAGCUGACGCACCUGUGGUACCUCGGCUGGCCGGCGCGGGGCGUGCCCGGGGAGGCCGCCUCGCUGGUGGCGCUCCUGGUGGAGGCCCGCUCGCACGCGCGGGCCGGCGCGGGGCCCAUCGUGGCCCACUGCAGCCCGGGCACCGGCCGCACGGGCGCCGUGCUGGCCUGCGACCUGUGCAUGCGCGACUUCGAGCAAACCCGCUCGGUCGACGUGCCGCGCUGCGUGUCCCGGCUGAGGCGGGACCGGGCGGGCGCCGUGCAGACCAAGGAGCAGUACGUCUUCAUCUACCAGGUGCUAAACCUCUAUGCAACCAAGCUGACUGGUGGAGCGUUGGAUUCGCUUUAAUAAGUUUAAUGGCUUCAUGCAGUAAUUAAAAUUGUUUGAGUUAAGUAAUGGUAUUCACCACACAUAAUAAACUAUUUAUUGCUUCUCAUUGCACUGAUUAUUAAAAUUAAUUAUUUUAAAACAGUUCCUUUUGUUGAUAUAUUAGUGUGAGAAAAGAUUGUGUUCUAGACACACUAGGAAUAUGACUGAGAUUAUGUAUGUACCUACCUACUAUUCUUUGUAAAUAGGCUUAAAGAAAGUUUUUUUUCCUGUACAAAAUGAUAAAAAAGAAGUGAUAAAAGCCUAAGCACUAUGUGAACGGGACCAAAUAUGUGCCUGAGGUUUUAUUUGCUUGUUUUGUUGACAUUUAAGUCCAAAAUAAAAUGUUUCCAGUCAA